UGCUGUGUAAAGCUGGUAUUCUGUGCAGCACAAUACUGCAAGACUCCUUCUCAUUACUGAGUUCACCCGAUGCAAGGGGCAUGGCUGUGGUACAAAGUACAAGGCGGUGAGAAAAGUGCACUUAAAGGAGAAGAACAAAUCACAGCCGCAGGACAGACGGCUACCUAAACGGUGAGCGAGCUCUACUGCAUAGGUAGUUACGAUGAGCUGAGAGAAGAAGAAUCCCAGCAUGGAAAUCACAAAAACCGCAUCUUGUUUCAUUGUCCAGGAAUAAGGAAGCUGUCUGCUCUCGCUGUCUUGAGGUUAACCUUCGAUUGACGCUUAAUGGCGAGUCCCCUCUCAGCUAACCUCAUGGAAAUUUUCAGCCCGUGCAAGGAUAUAACGCACACACAGUGUGUGGAGGUGCACACACCGACUCGUAACAAGUGUCAGGACUUGCAUGCUGAUGGGACGCCUAUGAACUGAUUCACAUUCUAUUUGCUUUUCGUAAACUUCCUUUUGGACCUGAAGGCACUCGGGAAUAAGACAACCAUUCAAGGGCAGCUCUUUUAUAGACAUACCCUGGCACAAGGAAGAAUACAAGAUUUACAGGCAUGAGAGUCACUUGUCUCUGGGCGCAGUAAGACCUAAGACAUCAGGUCAUACCCUAGGCAAGUAAGCCAGUAUGAGAGGAAAAAGUUUGAUGUCUUUUGAGCAACUGCGAGGAUGGAGACCCUGCCGAAGAGGGCGCUGGAGGACUCUUAAGUCACAGCUCCUUGCUGCUAGCUUGACAUGCACCUUAUUGUUAGUAUAUGCCUGCACCCAAGAUUUCCUCUACAACACCACACAUUUCUCAUUAUUAUGGGGAGCUCCUACGCAACCAAAACAAGUCACGGUCCUUAUCUGGUACGAGCCAUUUGGCAAGAGAAGACGACUUGGAGAUUGCCAUAUACUCUUCAACAUCACAGGUUGUCAACUGACCACUAACAGGAGCCUUUACCAGGAAGCAGAUGCCAUUUUAUUUCAUCACAGGGACAUUGGCGAAUAUGCUGACUUUCCGAUAUCCAAGCGCCCCGCUUCUCAAAAGUGGAUAUGGAUGAACUUUGAGUCACCAUCUCAUUCACCCUGGUUGACCACCUUAGGGGGUUUAUUUAAUUGGACUAUGUCUUACAGGGUGGACUCCAAUAUUUUUGUGCCAUACGGCUAUUUAUUUUCCAGGAAACGUGCCAAAAUAGUUCUCCCGCGAAAAAGAAAACUGGUAGCGUGGGUGAUUAGUAACUGGAAUGAGGACCAUGAGAGAGUUCAGUAUUACAACCAGCUUAGGGAAUACAUUGAUAUUGACAUUUACGGCAGGUACGGGAUGGAUUUGAAGCAUGAUAACAUUGUGAAGACCGUGUCAGAAUACAAGUUUUAUCUUGCUUUUGAGAAUUCACUACAUACGGAUUAUAUCACUGAGAAAUUGUGGAGAAAUGCGUUUAAGGCCAGCGCAGUUCCUAUAGUCAUGGGUCCAAGUCGAUACAACUAUGAGAUGUUUAUUCCUCGUAACUCCUUCAUUCAUGUAGAUGACUUCUCAAGUCCUAAAAAGUUGGCCAUGUACUUGAGGUUUCUUGACAAAAACACCCACGUGUACAGGAGAUAUUUCACGUGGAAGAAGCGGUAUGAUGUCCACGUGACUUCUUUUUGGGAUGAACACUACUGCACGGCUUGUGAAACCGUGAAAGCAUCUGGUGAUGAGUAUCGGACCAUCUCAGAUCUUUCCGGAUGGUUCGAGAGUUGAAGGAAGACUCUCGUCUCAAGUUCUAAACUCUUAUCCUGGUCGGACAGCACCAGCUCUAUUUCUCUACUGGAUUUAGAGCUGGAAUCAACAAAAUGGGAAAGCACUAGAAUUUCAAAAAAGACCUUACUACAAUAAAUUAUUUCGUAAAAAAACACAACCCCAUCUUUAAAUGGGUUCUCUGGGCUACAGAUAUUGAUAACAGGUUCACUUGAAUAGGAGAUGAGUUGCAUUAGCACUGCACAGUCACUACACCAUGUAUGGAGCUGUCCUCUGUAUACAGUAUAGAGCUACAGCUGCCCGAAACAGCUGAUCGGUGAGGGUGCCAGGUGACAGACCCCAACCGAUCUGAUAUCAACAAGGACAGGUCAUCAAUAUCUGUAGCUCGAAGAACCCAUUUAAUGUAUUCUACCUAACAAAAACAGUAUAGGUCACAGGAUCUAAUAUUUUUACAGUUCCUAAGAAGGAUAACCAUUUUUUAUAUUUCAUUUUUUAUUCUACUUUUGUUAUUAUUUUUUUUCUGCACCUUGUAUUGCCCUUAAUAUUUUUUUAUUACAUUUUAUUUCACAUAACUGUACUGAAGUGUCAGUUUUUUUUAUUUUUUUAUUUUGUAAUAGAUAUACUGUAUUUCAAUUAGCCAAUUUGGGUAAAAAAAAUUGGUUAAACAACUACUUUCCACAUGGGAACUAUUUAUAAAUGAUCUGUAUGGUGGAUGUGUUUUAACUUAAAAAAUGUAAAUUAUUUUGUAAGAAUUUUUUCUUUUUUUAAGAAAAGAAUAAUUCAUUUGUAAUGCAAGAAGGAGGAAGUUGAUAUUACUUGAAGCCUGUGCAGGAAUAUAGUUUACUGAUCUGUACUUGGCUGCUCAGAGGUUUAUAAGGUAAAUUAUCGAACAGAAGCACAAGACACUGGCUGACACGGUUUGUCUUUUGUGAUAUAUUUUGUCAUGGAAAAAAUAAUUUUUGGGGGAAUAAACUAUGAAACUGGA